AGGCUUGUUCACAUAAUAGCCGGCGGCUGAAGGCGUGGUGACCGUGGUCGGUACCAGGCGGGUGUGCGCUACACGAGCCCAGGAGGAUGAGCACGAUCGGCGGCUUCACGGAGGCUCCCGUCCCCGCGAGGAAGCAGCGGAGUGAAGGCUGAAGGGCGCGCACACGUCAGAGCUUCCGAGUUCCUGGAUCAACGAACGCAAAGAUGACGGAGGGUCGACUGUGUCAGGUGCAACUGCUGGACGAGAGAAAGCUGGAGCUGCUGGUUCAGCCCAAACUUCUGUCCUACGAGCUGCUGGACUUGGUGUCGUCUCAUUUUAACCUCAAAGAGAAGGAAUUUUUCGGCCUCGCGUUUUGCGACGACAAUGGUCGACGUAAGUGGCUUCAAAUGGACCGCAGAGUUCUGGACCAUGACUUCUCCAAGAAGUCGAGCUCUGUUGCUCUGAACUUCCUUGUCAGGUUUUACAUAGAAAGCAUAAUGCAGCUCAAGGACAUCAUCACGGUGGAGCUCUUCUUCCUGAAUGCUAAAUCGGCUGUGUAUAAUGGGGUAAUAGAAGUGGAAAGCGAGAAUGUCUUCAGACUGGCAGCAAGCGCUCUUCAGGAAGCUAAAGGAGACUACGUGAGUGAUGAAACCACCCGAGCCGACUUGAAGAAACUACCAACUCUGCCAACCAAAGUUCUCAAGGAGCAUCCGUCACUUGCAUACUGGUGUGUAUUUGCUAAAAUCAGCGGACGAGAUUGCUGCAUCACUUUAAUCUCGGGGCUCUCCACCUGCAGCGAGGAGCGCGUGAUUGAAUACUAUAAGCAAAUGAAGGGCGUCUCCAGAGGACAAGCCAUUGUGCAGUAUUUGACGUUGGUGGAAACGCUGCCCACGUACGGAGUGCACUAUUACGAGGUCAAGGUAGGUCCUCUGAAGAGAUUCAUGGGAAUCAUCUUGUUCCUGCCUUCAAUCUGGGCUCUGUGUGCGCAGGACAAGCAAGGGAUCCCGUGGUGGCUUGGAAUCAGCUAUAAGGGCAUCAGCCAGUACGACCUUCAGGACAAAUUAAAACCUCGAAAGCUUUACCAGUGGAAGCAGCUGGAAAACCUGUACUUCCGUGAGAAGAAGUUUGCAGUGGAAGUCAACGACCCGCACCGGAGAGCGGUGACUAAGCGCACGUUUGGUCAGACCGGUCUGCUCAUCCACACUUGGUAUGCUAGCCACUCGCUGAUCAAAACCAUAUGGAUCAUGGCCAUCAGUCAGCACCAGUUCUACUUGGACCGAAAGCAAAGCAAAACGAAGACUGGAGCGACACGGAGCCUGGAGGACCUCGCCAUCGAUCUAACAGAGCAUGGAGUCACCAAAAUCAACAAGCUCGGAGAAACAAUCGCAAAGAACAACUUGAUAACAGCCAGCAACGGGAGUCUUGUGUCGACAGGCUCUGCAGAUUCUGAGAUGAGCGAGGAGCAGAAGAAGGAGAAGCUUGCAGAGUUAAGAAAGAAAGAGCAGGCCAUCCAAGACAUUUUGGCAAAGAAAACGAAAGAAUUGAAGAAAAUCUGCUUGAGAGAGGCGGAGCUGACUGGAAAGCUUCCCAAAGAGUAUCCCCUGUCGUCAGGUGAGAGGCCACCGCAGAUCAGAAGACGGGUGGGGACGGCUUUCAAGCUGGACGACCUCUUCCCGUAUCAUGAGGACCCUUUUCUCCGAAACCUGGAGAGCAGGUUUGCGCUGCAGCAGAAGAUUGUCGAAGCGGCGAAGAAGCUGGCGAAUGAGGCCGAACUGUGCAAGACUGUGAAGAAGAAGAGGAGGAGGAACUGCCUGGAUGCGAUGCAGAAGCUACAGCAGAUAGAGGACGAGAUGAACCAGUACCGAAUCAAGAAGGGGAAAAAGCCGACACAGCGAGCCUCUGUCAUCAUUGCAGAUGAACUCAACCGCUCAGACGGCAGCUCCAUGUCCAGCCUCCCUCUAGAUGACGAUGACUCCGACUGCGCCAGUCAGAGGCCACGCUCGCGCUCCGUCCAAGGUUCCCCUCAGCUGAGCCCGAUGCGAUCACUGGGCGGUGACUAUGACUCAGAGCGCUCAGCUCCACCCCGAGAAAACCACCAGCACAAAAACCACUGCAGAAUAGCUUUUGAAGGCCAGCUGGGUCCGCACUACUACCACAGUCCGAGAGCGGUGUCCUCCACUCAGAGUAGUCCCUAUAGAACUGUCCCCAGGCCACCCAGAGAUCCGCACAGCAUGUCUUCCUCUCCGAUUAUGACCCGAAAUGCCUACAGCAGCAUCCAGCUCAGGUCAGACGGGUCGCCUCACGGUUUCAGGCAUCGCAGUGGAAGUUUGGAGUCCCGUUUGAGGAAAGACAUGGAAUCUGAGAAGCCGGUUUUCAUCUUGUCGCCUGCCCAUCGCAGCAAUAGCACUGAGCUGUUGGAGGACUGCUCCUCCUACACCAGUCAGUCCAGCCUGGACUACAUCGGGGCGUCCGCCUCCCACUACAGCACACUGGACUCCCAAACAACAGCCAUGCACCGCCUCCACAGGAAGGUGGAGGUGUACGGAAACACCGGGAGCAUGCCCAACCUGGUCCAGCACCACUCUGGCUGUAGCUACACAUGCGAGACCUCAGCACCCAGUGCCUACUACGUCUCUGGCUACCAGUGUCCAGACACGUACACAAACGAUGCCUACAUGUACGACAGCGACGUUGAAGGUCACUACAAUGUCAACCCAUCCUAUCAAGUGAACGGCUACCAUGGACAUGAGAGGUUCCGGCACUACAGCAGCGACCACGCCGACGGGUUUUCGCAGAAUCCGUACGCAACGGUGAGGCCACCUCGGAACAGGGAGGGGCCGAAAAACGAGCUCCUGGCUAAGAACAUGCAGAAGGUGCUCGUGGCGGAGCACCUGAGAGGCUGGUACCAUCGGAACAAGGGCCAUAAGGAUGGGAGGAAGGGGGUCAUGGCGGCGUAUGACUUUGACACCGGCUCCCAACUGAGUUUGGGCUACCAGACCAUGCCAGCUGCUUUCAGUCACUCCAGCAGAACGGCCUCCUUCUCUUCAGUAUCGUCGGUCGAGAGCACGGGAAACUGGCAUAACCAGCUUGCAGUUGGCCUGAGCGAGUAUGAAUCACCUGACGCGCCUCAGUACUCCCAGUCUCCAUAUCACUACAGUCCCACACACAAAUGCUCUCCAGAAAAGAAUGUAUUGAGGUCUGAGAAAAUGCCUAGAACAUCAGAGUCAGCUGACGACCAGUCUAGCACUUAAGGAUAUCACCUGGGAGGAGGCUACACAAAUAUCCGCUGAAGAGGACCAAACCAAAAUUUGGCACAACAGAAGCCAUCGUGAGCAGCGCAGGAGGGGAGACAACAAGCUUGUGAAGGAACUGUCCUCACAGCGAAGUCACCUCUGAUCACAGUGCUGACUCUCUUCAAUGACUUUCCCACGUGCCUUGGAGGAGAGGAAUCGUUCAGAAUGGAGAGAAGAACACCACCAUCACCAUUACUUUUCUUCAGACGUAAAAUGAGGCAUUUGUUUGAUUCUGUUUUUGAGCCACACAUUUUUGCCUAAUGACACGCUUAAACACGUUCUCAAUUUCACAAUUUCGCUGGGAAAGAGACGACUUGAUGUAAACUGUGUUUUGUGAGCCUGUCUUCACACACAAAAAUUUAAUCUUGACUGUUUGGAUUUUCUAAAUAGGAAGAAGCUGUUUAUUGAAAUUGAAAAAUGAUGACAAAAGUGUAGUGCUGUUGUUCUUUAGACUCAACUCAAAUUCGGCUUCAUUUAAACAUGGAAUAUGUUCCAUCCAUCUUGUUUAUAGACACUUAUUUUGUCAUUGUCGGUGAUGUAAUGUGUUUUAAAAUGCAUGCUGGCUCAGUCCAAUUUGAUACCAUCAACUUUUUUUUUAUCAAAACAAGAGCACUGCCAGAGAAAUUGUUUUGCCCACAGUUGUACAGUAUGUAGUUACCUGUCUGUCAUUAGAUGUUGUCAUGGACAUCCAGAACAAUGUGAAUAAAUACACGUGA